AUGGAAAUCCUAGACAAGGAAGCAAAUCCUAAGGACGCAUUCAAAUGUCAAUUUUCUGGCUGCAACGCGAGCUAUCGGCGCAAAGAGCACUUGAAUCGCCAUGAAACAAAACACACCCAGCAAAAAAGCUUUCCAUGUUCCAACUGUGAUCGUACAUUUGGACGAAGUGACACACUAAGACGGCAUCUGCAACGGAACCACCAAAUAACUGAGCCGCUUAAACGUGCAUCCCGAGCUUGCGAGAAUUGUCACGCAGCAAAGGCUCGGUGCCAAGGAGGUGUGCCAUGCGAUGAGUGCGUGCGUCGCAAGUUCAAAUGCUCCUUUGAUAAAGAUAAUAGAUCGGAAGAAAGGGGGCAUUCCGAGUCUUCAACAGGCCCUCCAUCUAGCCCAAGAAAUGAACACCCCCCUCUUGACCAUUCAGAUAAGCAGGCGGAGUAUAUCCGUCUUUACUUUCAAUUAUUUCAUCCUCAUUGGUCAUUUGUGCAUAAAGGCUCCUUUGACAUGAAACAUGAAACACCCUUACUCGUUCAGUCCAUGGUUGUUCUAGGCAUGUGGGCCAGCGGGGAACAGUCGGCACAAUUGGCAGCAGUGGAACUACAUAAUACACUUCGCCUGGCUGUUCGAGAUCAAACUGAAAAAUGGGAUGCCUCCGAAGCAGAUCGAGCCACCAGUGCAUGCACCUGGCCAUUACCGACAUACCAAGCCAUAUUAUUACACAUUAUUUUCUCCUUCAUUGGCAGAGCCCCAGGGAGCCUCAAUCUCGAUCUGGGGAUUUCUCUUCCUGCCGAAGACCUUGGGCUACUCCAAGCACUUGUCCGAAGCUGUCGCAGGCUGGGGAUGUUUAAUUACCUAAACAUUCUUGCGAGAUUUCGGGAUUCAAAUGUGCCCUCGUUCAUAUGGGUGAGUAUUGAGGAGAUCAAGCGAUUCAAUUUAGCCUUGUACAAGGUUUGUGGUAAAGUAAGCAGCUUCAGCAUAACAGAUGGACGCGUUGCAGACAACGCUGGACAAAGAGACUUACUAGCCGCAAGCGAGCUUCAGUUUCCCAUGCCUAGUAACUGUGCUUUGUGGAAUUCUGCUGGCAAAGAUGAAUGGAUGAUUCAUAUCAAGGACACGAAGCCGGUUUCUUUAGACGAUGAUUGCCAGGCAGACUGGAUCUCCAAUUUCGCAAUGACAUUAGAGCUCCUUAAUAUAUGA